CGGCUCACGGAGAUGACGUGGUGACGCGUCAUUAGUUGCGUCAUGGAGGUUUUGCGUCCCACCCUGAUCAGCAUCGGAGGGCGAAUAUACAGGAAGAACACGGUUCAGGAGGCAGCUUAUCAGAACGAAGAAGAGGAGGAUGAUUUCUAUAGGGAGUCCGUGCAAUGUGCGGAUGAGCCCUGCGAUGACUUCGUGAUUGAGGAGACAGAGAAGGGUUUCCAAUGUUCCCUAAAUCUUCCUAGCCAGCUUUUUAAGUACAUAAUUGGCAAGAAAGCGGAAACCAAGAGAAAUCUGGAGUCAGAAACUCGCACCUCGAUUAGUAUUCCAAGACAGGGGAUGGAAGGAGACAUUGUAAUUACAGGACAGAGUCGGAAUGGAGUUAUUUCUGCAAGGACUCGCAUUGAACUGUUGGCAGAGACGUUUAGAAAGAAGCAGCCAUUCACCCACUUCUUGUCCUUUGCUCUCAAUCAUCCAGAGAUUCAGGAUAGGUUCUUGCAGUUUAAAGAAGAGGUCUUGGCAAAAUGCUCCAAGGACUAUGGAAUAGAAAGCUCCAUUUUCCAGAACCCCGCAAAGCUCCAUCUGACAAUUGGGACCUUGGUUUUGCUUAAUGAGAAUGAAGUCACUGAAGCGUGUCAACUUCUACACAGCUGCAAAGAGGAAUUUCUGGACACAAUUGCUGCGGGGAAACCUAUGGAAGUAAAAGUAUCUGGAAUAGAAUAUAUGAAUGAUGAUCCAGCAAUGGUAGAUGUCCUAUAUGCCAAAGUCCAGAUGAAGGAUGGAUCAGAAAGGUUGCAGCUCAUAGUUGAUCGCCUGAUGCAGAGAUUUGUGGGCUCAGGGCUGAUGCUAAAAGACUGGGACAGAGUAAAACUUCACGCUACGGUUAUGAACACACUGUUCCGACGAGACCCCUUAGCUGAAGGAAGAUCCAUUAUAUCCCCUGGCAAGCCUGGCCAGAGAGAAAGGGAGUCAUUUGAUGCCAGGAAUGUUCUGAAGCUCUUUGACAAGUUCUGUUUUGGAGAAGUCAAUCUGGACAUGGUUCAUCUUUCUCAAAGAUUCUCCUCAGAUACCUCCGGUUACUACACAUCCGCCGGACAAGUCCAAAUCUCCUAAGGAACCUGCCUUUCAAUUACUCCCAAAAUGUUCUGCUGCAGCAUUCCAGGGGAUUUUGUGAUAAACAACGGUUUAUGGGUUGCAAUAUUUGAUCUACUUCAACAGAGUUCAAGACGUGUCAUAGCAAUAGUUAAAACUUUGUUGCAUGCUUUGGCCACCCAUUGCCUAUAUGAAUUUCAAUUAAAGACAACUAUGAAUAUU